AUGGCCCUCCAACCCACGCGCCGAGUCGUGACCGGCCACGAUGCCGACGGGGUCGCGACCUUCCUCUCCGACACCUCACUAUCCCCAGCCAGUCCUCUUGCCAAUGAUGGCUCGGCCCCUCCUCCAAGCGUGCCUGGAUUCAUCAACAUCGCCAAGACUCAUGGCUUUCCCGACACCAGUGUGGCCCAGGGCGACGUGUUCACGGACUACUAUGGCAAACAAAUGCCGCUCACUGACGAUACCGGCGUGACGUGUCGAAUCGUGGACUUCCCACCGCUGCCGGAGGAUGCGCCAGAUGAAAUUAACUUUUGGGGGCCGGAUGGCUACGAUCCCAAGAAGCAUCGCGUAUAUCCUCGUCCAGAGGGCAAGACGUCGCAAGAUGCCCAGCACAAUGCCUCGAAUUCAGUGGUGACCAGCCCUCACGAUGUGGUGUUCCAAGUGCCAGGACUGACGCCAGGCUCCGCGACAUCUCAUACAACACCCUCUCAGCAUAAUAUCCUUUCGCCCACAUAUACUCUGUCAAAUGGUCCGGUCCAGCAGGCGCCUCAGCCUGGUACUAUCGAUUUCCCAGGCCCAUAUGGUCAGAUACAGCUUGGCGACUAUGACAGCCGUCUCAAAUCUGUACAGAUACUCGACGACGGAUAUAUGCGAAACGGGUUGCGUGGGCUCGGAGAUGAGGAUCUGAUUGCCUUCAUGCAACUCUUACUGCCAUCAAGGCGACAGAUUCAUCAGCUGGUCGAGUAUCAGAUUGAUCAAGUGUCGUGGUACCACGUCUGUUUCCAUGGGCCAACGUUCCUUGAUGAACUGAAUGGUGCGACCACGAAAGGCGGAGUUCUACAAGUCCGAGACACUGAUCUGAAAUGGAUCGCGCUUCUCUUCAGUGUUAUGGCUGCAAGUAUGUUCAGUGUAAGCGAGAGCCAAGCAUUGAGCUGGGGAUUCCAGAGCGACGAGAAGCAGAAGCUCACCAGACAGUGGUUCAAGUGUUGCGUGACAUCUCUCAAUUUGGCCGACUACAUGCGGUGUCAUCACAUCCACAGCGUUCAGGCUAUCACUGUCCUGUCCAUGACUGCUCAUGUGUUGGGCUACAGCACUACACAGUCUACCUUGCUUGGAGCAGCGUACAAGAUCGCUCAAGGCUUAGGCUUGCAAAGACUCGGCCUGGAGGACGAUGAGAUGUCGCUAACGACGCGUACAGGGAUGUUGAUGGUCCCGGCUCAACGCCAGAAGAUUGUACAGCGAGAGACUGGAAGGCGUGUCUGGGCACAGCUGUGCAUCCAAGACUGGUUCUCGAUCGCAUUUAGCGAGAUGUACUCGGUCAAUCCACUUCAUUUCGUGACUCUGAAGCCCAGCAACAUCGACGACACUUCCCUGCAGGUGUAUCCAGAUGAGGUACCAGGCCAGCCUGGCUUCCUAAAUUUCUUGUACGACAUCGCGAGGCUAAUGCCCAACAUUCACGACGCAAUCUUAGGCUCCAAUACACUUUUCACCAAAUACGAGCGAGUGUUAGAGGCCGAUUCGAAGUUGCGCCAACUCGUGACAGAGAGAUGUCCCAAGUUUCUCAACGUGCUAGAGCCUUUGGAUCCAACUUGGCCUUCAUGGACCCCGUGGGCUCGUCGCAGUGUUCAAUUGUGUUAUCAUCAUAAGACUAUCAUGAUCCACCGUCCAUUUUUGGCAAGGAGCUUUACAGAGCCGACUUUCAACUUCAGUCGCAGAGCCUGCCUGUCAGCUUCUAAGAACAUACUCAAAGAAGCGAAACAAGCCUUCGACGAGGAAGGGCCCGCGCUAUGGAUUGAUCAGGCUUUCAUGGUUGCCGCAGGCAUUACUCUGGUGCUGGACCUGUUCCAUCGUCGGAAAGGAGAGCCAGAGCUUAUGGAGCAUAAGAAGCUGGUCGAGAGCACAAUUAACACGCUGAGCAAGUAUGACAGCAUGAUCGGCGCACGAGGCUGCAGAAUGCUAGCAUCUUUACUGGCAGAACAAUCAAAGGUGUGCACUAGCAACCAGUUGGGCAUGAACAAUAAACGUGCGGUAGAGGAUAAUGAUCUCGACGGCGCAAACGGCAAACGACAGAAAUUCGAUGUGCCACGUUUCGUGGAGCGGUUCGUUGGUGACAAGAGCUCUUUCACAGACGGCCUUGGGACGAAUUAUCCGGCCAUGCAGUCAGGUGGACCAGGCGCAGUUGCUCAAAAUAAUUCGUCGACGCUAGCCAACGGUAACGGCAGGCCUGUUGAGGAGAGCGCCUUCUCUUACGAGACUUUCGAGCAGCUAUUCCCACCUCAAGCUGGCAUCAGUAAUAGCUUCUUAUUCGAGGAUCUGCUCAAUUUCGACAUCUGA